GCAAGGAGCACCCGGAAGACGGAGAAGAGGCGUAAAGUUUGCCUUUGGUGCUUGUUAGCGUCUUGCUCUGUGACCGUCGGUGUGUCAGCUGCGAGUCCCCCGGCAUCUUUACACACACCUCCAGCCUUUCUGUCGGACCGGGAGCCGGACAACACAGAGAAAUGUCCUCGGCAUUUUCAGGCACAGACCAUAACCAACACAAGCGUGUGACUAGCCGCUCUAAUCCUGGAUUCCUUGAGCGUUUAAGUGAAACUCUUGGAGGAACAGUUUUAGGUGUUGGACUGUUCUUCCUCUCGUUCUACGUUCUCUUCACCAACGAGGGAAGGGCGCUGCAAACGGCAUCCUCCCUGGAUGAAGGGCUUUCACAGGUCGUGUCCUUGGAUCCUUCCUUCAGCCUCGACCCCCAGAACAACAACCGUCUAGUUCACCUGUCUGCACAGCUGCGCACCUCACAGCCCCUUCAUGACCCCAACUACAGAGUGGUUGUGCAGGCGGUGAAGCUGAAGAGACAGGUGGAGAUGUACCAGUGGGUGGAGUACCAGGAGAGCAAGGACUAUCAGGAAGAUGGCGAGACCAAAACUGAGACGACAUACACAUACAAUACAGAAUGGAAAUCUGAGUUGAUCAACAGCAGGAAUUUUGACAAGGAAAUUGGCCAUAUCAAUCCAAGUGCCAUGGCGGUCGAGAGUGUGACAGUGGUGGCUCCUGAAGUCAGGGUCGGGCCUUUCGUUCUGUCUAAAGGACUGGUGGAGCAGAUUAAUAACUUCCAGACCCUGAGUCUGCGGGAUUUUCCUGGCUCCAACCUGGACCCCUUUCUCACCAUAGAUGAGGAUUAUUUCUACCACACCCCUCACCCCCGCAGACCAGAGGUGGGGGACGUGCGUGUGAGCUUCUCGUUCGCUGGACUUAGUGGUGCAGGAUCUUAUCCUGGCCCGGCCCAAACGGUCAGUGUGGUGGCCAUGCAGAGAGGUGAGAACCUGAUCCCCUUUAAAACCAAGUCAGGAGACACUCUGGAGAUCCUGUACCUGGAGGACCUUUCUGCCCAGGAGGUUUUUGAGAAGGAGCAGCAGCACAACACCAUGAAGACAUGGGGCCUCAGGGCUGCAGGCUGGGCGCUGAUGUUCCUUGGCAUAAGUUUGACCAUACGCAUCAUCCACACACUGGUGGAUUGGGUCCCCAUUCUCAGAGAGCUUGUUUCCUUGGGGCUGAAGCUCUUCGCCCUGUGUGUCUCCUGCUCUCUCUCCCUGCUCACCAUUGCAGUGGGUUGGCUCUUCUACCGCCCCUUAGUGGCAGCAGCCCUGGGUGCCGUUGCUCUGCUCCCGGUGUUGAUUGCCCGCUCUCGUGUUCCGGCCAAGAAGCAUCAGUGACUAUGACCAUGUUAGCAUUCGAACGUCGUCGGCUCUGAAACAAGCAGUUUCUGGCGCGUUUCCACUGUGUCUUGGGUUGUCCAUCCAUCUGAAGUGUGUCACUGUUUUGCCGCUGGUUUUUCCACAAUGGUUUCAUCAAACCGCUCGGGUUCGUGAGUAGGACUUGAAGAAAUGCUCUUUCACAAUGCUUUGUCUCCUGUAGGUGCAAUAAUGAAUACAGUCCAAUGUCCAACAAAGUGCCUAUGAUAGUGAAUGAAUUUCAACAUUUAAACUAGUUUUGUAUAAUUGUCUGUUUUAUAUUUACGCACAAAAUGCAAAAACACAUCCUUGCAGACUUGAGGAAGGUUUACAAAUGUCAAAUGUUUUUUUUUUCCCCUCUUGAUGCUACACUCAUUGUUUUCUCAGUUGUUAGACUGUUGCUCAUAAUGAGCAACAUAAAAUUACUGUAACCCAGAUUGUUAGGUUACUUAGCUAAUAUUUUUCAUCGUGGUAAAUCUUCAUAUUUCUAAUUUUUAUUCCAUAUCAUAUUACUAUCACAGUAAAAAUGUUUAGUUUGCACUGUAAAUAUCACAAUGAUCCAAACAUACAAUUAUUCAAGUAAUCUUACCCAUCUUAUUAAGUUACUCUGAAAGGCUGAAAACUGCUUGAGGUCAUGUUUCUCUGCCCCAGUCUUGCAAGGCUUGUUUUGUCAAAAACAUUUUUUGAUCAUUAUUAAGGCUUGUUCAUGAAACCAAAGAAAAAGAGGAAUCUCUGCAGUUUUGCUGUUUGUUUAUAUGCACUGCACCUUGAAUUAAAACAUUUUGUUGUGUGAGUA